AUGGACUUCUCAGACUCUGAGUCCACUGUGUCUCGCUCUAAUCGCUCUGGGGACUCCACCAGCGGAGCAGCCAGCUCUCAAACCAAGCCGAAGGGCCGCAAAGUGGCAGCUCAUUGGAAGCUGGAAGAGGAGGUCUCCCUCCUCAAAUACCUCUAUGAGAACAGGACUGGGACUGACGGUCUCACCUUCCCCAAGAAGACAUACAUGGGAGCUGCUGCGCACAUUGCACAGCAGUUCCAAAACCAGAAGGGCGGGCCCAAAACCAAUGGGGUCUGCAAGACAAAGUUUUCCGCGCUCAGGACAUCUGGAUUCACAUGGAUGGUUGAGAAGGGGGCAACUAUAGAUGAGCACACCACUAGCGCUUGGGCAGGGUAUGUGAAGUCAAAUCCAGCGGCCAAACAAUUCAAGUCCAAGGGUUUCGAUCAUUUCGAGAUCUUUGAUCUCUUAGCAUCCGGCACAAAGGCCAAAGGUAUCAACGUCCUCUGA